UUUCCCAGCAUCUCGAAACAAGACCCGAUGGCGCGUUCGAAGAAAGGCGCCCACAAGCAGGAAGAGAAGCCGAACGCGGAGCAGCGAGAGCGUUUGCUCGAAGAAACAACGUACCAUGACAUGGACACUCCCGUGUCUGCGGAGCCAGGAUUUGUGACACGUAAAGUUCAGCGGAAUCGCGCGUGGUGCUCGUUUGUGUGGUUGGGGCUCAUUGCUGUCGGCGUUGUCGGUAUCAUCGCGAUCCUAAAAGCAUCCAAGCAAGCGGACGAGUUCCCAACGAAGAAGCCGUCGUUCCCCUCACAAUAUGAAGCAAGUCUCACGUUUCGCAUGCCGUACAUGAACUUGGUCGAACCGGUGUUUGUCCACGUCGACGAAAUGCUCGGCGCUCAAAAGCUGAGCUUCUAUGGCGGAACCCAGGAGUACAUUUUGAACGUGUCUGGGCCGUCAUUCCAAUUGAUUCCUGUCAUCGCUUCGAUUCGGUGCAUUGCAGACGGUCCAUCAUCGCUGCAACAUAUUUUCCCCGACUUAUCUCGAUUUGAACCCGUGUACGGAAAAACACUGGUGAAUUCGAUCGACUGCUUUUCGUGGAAGUACGACGUGGCGGGCUCACCUGACAACAGUUCGUACUUUGGCACGUACAAAUUGUUUGUGAAUGCUGCGACGAACGAGCCUGUGCAGUUCCAUUUCGUCGGCCACAACGUUAUCCUGGGCGGUAGCCACACUGACGAGUACAUCAUCGACUACAACUAUGUGCGUGCUGGGCCGGUCGCGCCGCAGACGUUCCAUUACCGUGUGGACACUUUGAAUUGCACAAAGGGCGACGACGAGGCCAUUACCGUACCGUCCAUGACUCCGUGGCACGACCUCCACAUGCGCAUGCCCGAAGGCCACGCCGCCCGCAUGGGUGCGUUUGAUACAUUUACCCGGACGCAUUCCAAGACAUACAAUGCUACCGAGACUGCACGUCGAGCGUCGAUCUUUCAUUCAAAUUUACAGUACAUUAAUGCCAUGAAUCGCAAGGGCUUGAGCUACUCUUUGGCAAUGAAUCAUUUGGGCGACUUGACUCCCAAUGAAAUGAAGGCAUUCCUUGGACACAAAACGGUGAAACGUGCGUUGGACAACAGAGCUGGUGGUGUAUAUGAGGUCCAGAACAUUGCGUUGCCCGAUGAAUGGGACUGGCGCACCAAGGGCGGCGUGACGCCUGUGAAAGAUCAAGGAAAUUGCGGAUCCUGCUGGACAUUCGGCACAACGGGGGCACUGGAGGGCCAAUGGUUUCGCAAAACCAACCAAACGGUGGAGUUUUCGCAACAAAACUUGCUCGAUUGCUCGUGGGACGAAGGAAACAAUGCGUGCAACGGAGGUCUGGACUACCAAGCGUACCGUUGGAUCAUCAAGCACGGCGGAUUGGAGCCUGAAGUCACGUACGGAACGUACAAGAAUCUGCCAGGGUUUUGCCAUUUCAAUGCGUCGAACGCGCUCGCAGCAGUGACGUCGUAUGUUAACAUCUCGGGUGUUCAAGCGUUAAACGAAGCGUUGGUUACUGUCGGUCCGCUGUCCGUCUCGAUUGACGCGACGCCCCCUUCGUUUUACUUUUACUCUGGCGGGUACUAUAACGAUUUGAACUGCAAGAGCGGCAUUGACGAUUUGGACCAUUCCGUCGUUGCCGUGGGUUAUACCAAGCACCUUGGAAAAACGUACACGCUGGUGAAAAACUCGUGGAGUACGCACUGGGGCGACAAUGGAUACGUCAAGAUCGCCCAGGAAGACAACAUUUGCGGUGUCGCCACCAGUCCCACAUACCCCGUCCUGGCUUAGAGUGUUCAAGCAAUGUUGCCUCUGAAUUAAUGAAUUCCCUUUGCACCUGCAUCAAA